UUCUCCUUCUUUCUCUCUCUAAAUAUUCCGACAAAUAUCUCAUCUCUCAACAACAUUUCCCCCUCAAUUUGCAUAUCAAAACAUCUCUGUUUGCUUCAUUCAAGAUGUUACGGAUGUGUGUUAAGCCAUUAGAGAGGUGUUUAGGACGACGGAGUGGUGAUGUACUCUUGUGGCAUAACGAUUUGAAGCCGCAUGCCUCCGGUGACUUCUCCAUCGCCGUUGUUCAAGCCAAUUCUAACCUUGAAGAUCAAAGCCAGGUCUAUACCUCGCCUUCCGCUACCUAUGUUGGGGUUUACGACGGUCAUGGUGGCCCUGAAGCUUCUCGUUUUGUCAAUACCAAUCUUUUUCCUUUCAUUCAUAAGUACGCAACAGAGCAAGGAGGUAUAUCCGCAGAUGUUAUUAAGAAGGCAUUCAAUGCCACUGAAGAGAAAUUUUUUCAGUUCGUGAAACAUCAAAUGCCCAUUAGACCGCAGAUUGCUUCUGUUGGAUCGUGCUGCCUUGUUGGUGCUAUUUCUAAUGAUGAAUUACAUGUUGCUAACCUUGGUGACUCACGAGUAGUCCUUGGCCAGAAAGUUUCUGAUGGAGGAAAGCCUAGAGUGGUUGCUGAGCGUUUGUCAAGAGAUCAUAAUGUCUCAUACGAGGAGGUGAGGAAGGAGGUUGAAGCACAACAUCCUGGUGAUUCACCUGUUGUGAUGUAUUGUCGUGGAGUUUGGAGAAUUAAGGGUAUAAUUCAGGUGUCAAGAUCUAUAGGUGAUUUCUAUUUGAAGAAACCUGAAUUUCACAGGGACCCACGUUUUCUGCAAUACGGAAAUCACGUUCCUUUGAAAAAACCUGUAUUGACAGCAGAGCCUUCCAUCAUUUCUAGGAAACUUAGGUCCCAAGACUUGUUUUUGAUAUUCGCUUCAGAUGGGCUUUGGGAACAUUUGAGCGAUGAAGCAGCAGUGGAUAUCGUAUACAAAAAUCCAAGAGCGGGAAUAGCAAAAAGAUUGGUAGGAGCAGCGAUACGUGAGGCUACAAAGAAGAGGGAGUUGAGAUACAAGGAUAUCAUGAAGAUCGAAAGGGGUAUCAGGCGUCAUUUCCACGAUGACAUAUCUGUGAUAGUCAUCUAUCUUGAUCGUCGUACAUCAAAACACAGCAACCUUGGCUUCACAACUGCCCCUAUUGAUAUAUUCUCCCAUAAUGAAGACAAAGUUGUGGAAGAUCCCCUUUUGUUGAAGUAAGCAUAUAUAUAUAUAUAUAUAUACAUAUAUAUAAUGAAGCAAGAUAGGUACCCAACAAUGUAAAUAUGUUUUCUUUACAAUUAAUGGGUAUCUGGAUCUUCAAUUUUCAAGUUCUAACCACAUAUAUAUUUCUUUGUUUUUUGGUCAAUGACUUGGGGGUUUGUAAGCAUGUCUGUCUGCAUUCCUUUUGUAUAUCAAAGUUGAAGACUUAAUGAGAUGAGGUGUUCCUUUUUUUGAGUAUAAA